AUGGAUUUAGGUAUUUAUGAAAAUGAUAAAAGUAUAUCAUUAAAUGGAAUUAAUAAAAUGGUUGAUGAUGUCUACAAUGAUAAUCUAAAUUUUUUGUUAAAGAAAAAUGAGAAUGAAUUAGAAAAGAAAGAAAUUGAUCAAUUCAGUUUUAAAAUUGAAGCUUUAUUAAUAUCAUUAGAAGAGGAAACAAAAAGAUUACAUGAAGAAAAAGAUGAAAUGAAAAAUAAUUUCCAAAACAUAGCUAUAACAUUAAAAAAUGUAAAAAAAUCAAUUAAAAAGGCUGAGCAAUAUAUAGGAGGAAAUUUAAAUGAAGGAAUGAUAGAGAAUUCCUAUAAAAUCUUUGAAGAUAUUAAAAAAGAUAUUGAUAAUUUAUAA